AUCAGCUUCCACGAGCACAGCGGCGGUCGUUUCAGCCGGAACAAGGCUUACACCUCCAUCGAAGCCUACCUUAGCACCCAUUUCUCCUCACAAGCCAAGCGACUCAAAGCCGAUAUCACCACCAACUCUACAAAACUGGUUCUCAACCUCGAUAACCACGAGGAAGUCACUGAUCAUUUUGAAGGGGUCAAGAUCUGGUGGAAAGCCCAUGUCUCCACCACCAACCGUCAAAACCCUUUCUACGGCGAUAAUUACUCCAAGGAAAAGCAUUCUUUCAGGCUCUCCUUUCACAAGCGCCACCGAGAUCUCGUCAUUAAUUCUGGCCAAAAUUUAUUGGUCAAUUUUGAAGAACAUCCAAGAGAUGAUGGAGCAACAGAACGUUACUACGCCAAGAUCGGCAAAGCUUGGAAGAGGGGUUACUUGCUAUACGGCCCUCCAGGUACCGGAAAGACCACCAUGAUCGCCGCCAUGGCAAAUCUCUUGAACUACAACAUCUAUGACCUCGAACUCACCACCGUGAAGAACAAUACGGAGCUGCGAAAGCUCUUAAUUGAGACCUCCGGCAAGUCCGUCAUCGUCAUCGAAGACAUCGAUUGUUCGGUCGAUCUCACCAGCAAGAGGAAGAAGGAGAAGGAACAGGAGAAGAAGAAGAUGACACAGGGAACAAAAGCAAAUUAUUGGCCACUGUCGUCUGAUUGUUCUCCCUACUUUCACACAUUCGAGUUUCUCUUUUUUCCAAUGGUUGAAGACGAUAGGGAAAGGAGAAAGAGUAGAAUGUUUUAA